UUUUUUAUUUUCAUCUCUCUUCUUUAGCUCGCCUCCAUCUCCGGCCCCAAUUUGUUAGUCAAAGUUUGUGUCUGCUUUUUUGUUUUUCUAAUCACAUAACAGUCACUUUCUACCCAAAAUCUCUUCUUUCUUAAAACCUCUUAACACAAAAAUCACUGAAUUUUCCUUUUUUUUUUGUGACCGAAACCAAACCCAUCAUCUAAAAAUUCUUCCAAUGGAGACGAUCAAAUGUAAAUCAAUCCCUGGAAACAAGAGCAAAAUAGCAAGAAAAUUUCAAAAAGUGAUAAAUCUCAAGACUGCAACAAGAAUUGCUUCCAAUAAUGGAAUUGGGAUUUGCAUGCUCACACCGCAAAACAAAUUUGAUCGAGAUGAUCCAACCUUGUUCUACAAAACCCAUAAUAAUAGUUCUAAAGAUGAUGCUAAAGCCAAACGCAAAGCAGUACUUGACGCAUUAGUUGCAAAACUAUUUGCAGCCAUCACCACCAUUAAAGCAGCUUACGCUGAGUUACAAAUGGCUCAAAACCCUUAUAGUAGCGAUGCUAUACAAGCAGCAGAUCAAGCAGUUGUGGAAGAGCUAAAACUUCUUUCAGAACUUAAGCGAAGCUUCUUUAAGAAUGAUCUUGAUCAUCUUUCUCCACAAGUGACUAUUAUGCUUGCAGAGAUUCAAGAACAACAAAGCUUAAUGAAAACUUAUGAGAUCACUAUCAGGAAAAUGGAAGCGGAAUCUAAGGUUAAAGAUUCAGACGUUGAUUCGCUUAAGAAACAACUUGUCGAGUCUAUUGCUUUUAACAAGUCUUUAGAGAAAAAACUAAAUGCGAGUGGGCCUUUAUCAAUGUUUGAUAAUAUUGAGUUGUCUGUUUUAAACACAUCUCAUUUUGUUCAAUUCUUGCAUUCUGUUUUAAGAGCUGUAAGAAGUUUUGUCAAGUUGAUGGUUCGCGAAAUGGAAGCAGCGCACUGGGAUAUUGAAGCAGCUUCAAAAGCAAUCGAGCCUGAUUCCGUUUUUGCCAAGCCAACUCACCGUUGCUUUGUUUUUGAAUCUUUUGUGACCAAAACUAUGUUUGAGGGUUUUAAUUUCCCAAAUUUUAUGCUACCAAAUGAAUCUCCACCGCAAAUGGAGAAAAACCAAGAAUAUUACUUCCACAAGUUCAAAAAGCUAAAAUCUUUGAACCCAAAGCACUACCUGACCCAAAAUCCUACCUCUUCCUUUGCAAGAUUUACAAGGGCUAAAUAUCUCCAACUUGUUCAUGCGAAAAUGGAAUGCUCUCUGUUUGGGAACUUGAACCAGAGAAAGAUAGUGAAUUCCGGUGGAUUUCCAGAUUCUGCUUUCUUUAUGGCUUUUGUUGAGAUGGCCAGGCGAGUUUGGUGUUUGAAUCUUUUAGCCUUCUCAUUUGGAGAAAAUGUUAGCAUUUUUCAGGUGAGCAAGAAUUCAAGAUUUUCUGAGGUUUACAUGGAGAGUGUAACUCAUGAAUCUUUACUUGAAAGCGACGGUGUCAACGCCGAUCUCCGAGUGGAUUUCACGGUGGGUCCUGGUUUCAAGAUUGGCAAAACUGUGAUACAGAGUCAAGUUUAUUUAUCACCGGCGGUUUCUCUCCGGUGAGAUUUUUUUUUUUCCUUCUAAUUUUUGCUAUGUAUAAUUUUGUAAUAUAGAAUAAAUAAUAGUACUAGAUGAGAAUGAAGUGACAUAGGUUCACGCACUUUAUUAGUAUAGUAGCUAACUGCGGUUUUCAAGUGGCGCUUUGAUCACUUGAAAGGUGCAGUUAGCAAGAAGUGGAGGAGCGUGUGGUGGCGCGUGGAAUUGUGCAUGCACCCUGUUACAUGGGGCAGUACUGGUGUCUGGACCUACACGUGAAAGUGGGCGGGGCGUUCAGGCCGUGGGGACAGGGGCUGGUGUCUUUGUAUUAUGACACACAAAAAGAAACGGUGUGGAGGGAGAACUUUUAUAUUAAAAUAUCAUGGCAAUUUCAUGUUUUUGUUUUGUUUAGA